CCAACGUUAAUUCAUUAUUAGAGUAGUUGCGUCUGUAUAAAAUAAGAGAUGUCAGGAUUGAAUGUCAGUACUAUGAGAUUGGCGGCUGGUAACACAGUUAACGUCCUGACACUGUGGAUGAGGUUUUUGGAUGCAGUUACCAACUUCCAGACAAGUAAGCAGCAUGUGUGAUAUAGAGGCUUCCUCUGGUGUGGAGGACACACAUGACGACAAACGUGACAGCGUGCAUAGCACUACGCGUGAUGUGACAUCCGAAAUUACACGUGACGUCACACCGAAAGACGUCACACCUGAUGCCAGAACAAAUGUUGACAAACAGGACACUGUCAGCAACAGAAGCAGCAGCAGCAGCCUGAGCGGGAAGCCCAGCAGUAUCGUGAUCGUGUGCGAAGAGGACGGACUGACGUGGGCCGACUUCUUCAAGGUCAAACUGACGGGCAAGGACUACUCGUUCAGCACAUGGAUCCAGCAACUGGGCAUUUGCGACUCGGUCCUCGUCACGGAGAAGACGAAAACUCAGAUCGUCCUGCUGACUCCGACACUCCUUGAGAACGAGGCAAACGCUGACAAGCUUCUCUCGUUCUGCAUGGACAGCUGUAUUUUCAUUCUGCUUGGGGUCAAUGAAAAUGACGUGAAGACGGCUUUCUCGGAAGACAACAGUGCCGAUAUUUUGAGAUUUCCCCUCCACGUGAUUGUGGAGGAGAAUAUUGGCGACUCGCUGAAAGAGGCUCUAGUCAAAAUCAUCAAGAGUUAUGAAAAGUCCGAUGAUGAUGAUGAUGAUGAUUCACCAAUUUAUGAAAUUUUACCCAUGAGAAAACCGGUCCAGGUGAACAAACUGGUCAAUGUUAUUCCGUCGAAUAAUUUAACGGGAGGAAGUGAUAUCUAUCUCUUGUUGGAACACAAGGCUGACGAUAUUGUCAAUGUUGUGAUCAACACGCCAGGAGGAAAGACAAUUCCAGCGACUCUCGUUGAUACAGCCGUCUACACGGUAACACUUCCAGACGAGACAUCAGGAGAUGUGAGCUUGAAGGUGGAGAGUGAGCAGAGGCUGCUGGGCCAGCACAAGGCGCAGGUCUCCUCAAAACUGGAGCAGCUGAGAUCCCUGCUGGAGGACACGUCCGAUCCCGUGUCUCUCAUGUGUCAGUCUCUGGGCAUCCCGAGAAACUCGGCCUCUCUCGACAAGCGGCUGGCCGAUCAGGUGAAGAACAACUGGCCAUCACACACCAUGCCAUUCCUCAUGCAGAUAUUUGAAAUACAGGAUCACACAGAGGAGACCAGCAGUGAAGUGUGGCCGACUGUGCUGCAUUUUGCAGCACAGUACAACUUGGAACUGUUCUGCACGGAACUCAUGAAAUAUCCAGGAAUGGUGAACGCCGCAGCGAUUUCUAAUGUUCGUGACCAAUACCCGUGUGAAAUCGCUAAAGAAAAAGGAUUUACUAGGCUUGGCGAACAGCUGUAUUCUUUUGUCGAAAAACAAGGCCAUCACGACAGUGGUGUUGUCAUUGACUCUCCCCCACCCUGUCCAGGACCUGGCUACAUUAACAGUCCCCCAGCUGUGAAGGUUGAUGACUCGUACUUGGAUAUGGACACUAUAGACACUUCUGUGUUAUCUCACCGUUUUAAUUCAAUGGGAAAGGUUGAUGGGCAAGGUAUAAGAAUUCCUCAUAAAGAAAUACCCUCUGCACGAAAAUUAUUAGAAGAUCCAGAACUACAUCACUCAGCUUCUGUUCCAACGUGUACACCUCUCGAGAGUUCACCACUGGUGUUUGAAAACAACUCUGACAGUUCUGAUGAUUAUAUGGUACCAAACUCGGACUUUGAGCAACCAGAAUCCCUGGGCGAAUUGAUCUCGAAUAUUACGAAGAAGCCGAACAAGCCGACCAAGACGUACAGCAUGCGUGAGCAGCGUGAUGUAGUCGGCCACAGACUGUUACCCCCGCCACCUGGAAUGGGACAGCCCUUCAGCCCCGCCACCGACAUACUGACCAAACCACGGUCAUAUUCGCUAGGGGCGGAGAAAACCAUGGAAGCCCUGGAGCGGAUACAGAGAGAGGAUCCAAGUUGUUGUGUGCCAACCCUGCGUGAGGAGACGCAUGGCCGAUCUCAAAAAGAGAUUUCCCCACGGGGAGAGGUGAAAAAGACUGGUAGAUUUUCCAAGUUCUUGAACAAAUUCCGAAGACAUGAUAGUGACUUAACAUCAAAAGCUGACUACAACAAGAAAACCAAAUCAAAACAACUGAACAAGAAUGUGAACACUGGACGUAAACACUCUGACACUGCUGGGCAGCCAAUAGAACUGGAGAGAGACAGUGGUAGCUAUAGCGACGAUGAUGACAGAGAUGUGGUCUCAUCCACCCACAGUCCAGGUUAUCACAAGAAACAAGGUGGAAAGGCUAUGCUUAAGCCUCCUGCAUUGUCGAACCAGAUAUAAAGGACACCUUGUAAACCAACUUGUCUAUAAUGGGCACACCAGAGCCGAAAAGAGUCUGUGCGAGUUUUCAGGGCCCGAAAUGAGAGAAUGGACAAUGCCCCUACUUUACCAUUACGGCCAGGCAGACAACAAUAUCACUGAUCACAGUUAUCACACAAGAACUGUUGAAUUGCAAAGUAAAAUGAUCACUAGCUGUUGGCAACAGUGAUCUCUCAAAUCUUGUAAUUUUACAAGACUGGUGUAAUAUACAGCAUUCAUCAACAAGAUAAUUUUUAAAGACAUUUGUGAAAAAUGAGUAAAAUGGUUGCUAAGCAUGUGUAUAUUACUGAGAUUAAAAACCUGUAAUGCUUCAAGACUGGUAUAUAUGUAUACAAAUAUCAUCGAUCAAGAAGAUUUUUAAUGAGGACAUUUGUGCCAAAUGAUCAAAAUGGUUGCUACGCACGUGUUUAUUACGGAGAUGAAAAACCUGGAAAUUGUUGAGGAAUCCCAGAUUUUAGUGCUGUGCUGAUGAAAAACUCACAAUAACCACCCCUCACUUUUUUAAAGAUUUUUAUUGUCCAAUGUCAUUUGAUCUGCGACUAAAGAAUGUUUGACUAAACCGUUAUCAUGCAGGCAUACUUACAUAAUGGUUGGUUUAGCCCUUAUCAAACAUGUUAUAGAAUAAUUAUCUAAAGCCCAUAAGUCAUGGAAUUGUGGCCUAAACCGUUAUCAUGCAGGCAUACUUACAUAAUGGUUGGUUUAGCCCUUAUCAAACAUGUUAUAGAAUAAUUAUCUAAAGCCCAUAAGUCAUGGAAUUGUGGCCUAAACCGUUAUCAUGCAGGCAUACUUACAUAAUGGUUGGUUUAGCCCUUAUCAAACAUGUUAUAGAAUAAUUUUUUAAAGCCCAUAAGUCAUGGAAUUGUGGCCUAAACCCUUAUCAUGCAGGCAUACUUACAUAAUGGUUGGUUUAGCCCUUAUCAAACAUAAUUUUAUAUUACAGAACAGUGGAUGAAACCUUUAUUAAAAUAUACAGAAUGGUCAGCUAACAUUGUACACAUUGAUUGUCAAAGCCUGAUGUACGUAUUGUAAAUAUGUAUAUAAUAUCAUAUGUGAUAUACAUGUAUGGUGCAUGUCGUUAAAAAUAUUUUUUGCAUUUGUACUACAGUAUUAUAGACGAGCUAUAAAUAGUGUAAUGUAAAUAUGGUGUUUAAUAACGUUCAUAUGUAUUGUACACAUACUCCGCACACUGUACAAAUGUAAAUAUAUUGUGUUCACAUAUUGUUGUACAUGUAAAUAAUGUUUGUACAUUUAAUCCAUUUUUUUGAAAAUUAAAAAUACAAACAUCUUCUUUAUGUAUGUGUAUAAUUAUUAUAUACA